CGUCGCAAACAGCAGACUUUACACUCUGAGCCCUGACGCGUACAUAUCAGGCCACCAAGGGCCCAACACGCUCUUUUCGACGCAGCUUUCACGUGAGAGCAUCUUGAAGGUUAAGACUUGGCCGCCGCUUACCUACUCACUGAUUGCUUUAGGCUUUGGAUCUCACUGGCGAGGUUUGGCAAGCAAUGGCCAAACGUCCAGCCUCGAGCCUGGAGGCCGGAGAGGUCCUCAGUCAGAGCGACCAGGCGAGCAGUAAACGGCCCAGACAAGAUGGGUCAGAGCUCACGGAGGAUGAUCAGCCGCGCACCAUCCAGCAAAGCUCGUUCGAGUCGAUGCCCGGUCUGACAGACUUUAUCCCUUGGAAGUCUUCAGAGAUCUCCUCGCAGCUGCCUCCACUGCCGCAGGUCAAGGAUCCGGAAUUAGAGAAAAGAGCAUUCACUCAUCCCGGCGUUCCCCGAAACGGUGAGGAAAGCUACGAACGCUUGGAGUGGCUUGGGGACGCGUACAUUGAGCUCGCGGCCACCGGCCUCAUCUUCAAGACCUUUGCGAAAACGUCUGCCGGCCGCUGCUCCCAGCUGCGGGAGCUGCUGGUGCGCAACACAACGCUCGCCAGCUAUUUUCGACAGUACAACAUGGCAUCAAAAGCGAUACUGCCACCUGAAUUCCACGGUGACCGUGGCUUGGGACGGGGUAGAUCGAGCGACAAGGACCUGUGCAAGACGCAAGCCGACAUGUUUGAGGCAUACUUUGGCGCUGUGGUUGCGUCGGAUCCCCAACACGGAAAGGCGAAUGCCCUGGCCUGGAUCCGAACGCUCUGGGGCCAGACAAUCAAAGAGAAGAUUGUAGAGUACGAAAAGCAACAUGGCGCAUCUGCCGGCGCUGCCGCAGCAGCAUCAGCUUCGGCGUCCGCGGCCGCUCCUGCCACGCCUAACCUCAAGCCCAAAGACAAGCUGAGAGCUGCCAUUGGUGCGAAGGGCAUCCUGCUCAGCUAUCUCGACAUGCCGGGAAACAAGAAGGACAAGAACCACGGCCUACCGCUCUACACUAUCGGGGUGUACCUCGACGGUUGGGGUGAAACAAAGAAGCUCCUGGGCACCGGCACUGCGCUGCAGAAAAAGGAGGCGGGCCACAAGGCAGCAGCCCAAGCGCUGGAAAACAAGAAGCUGAUGAAGGUGUAUGAAGCGAAGAAGAAGGCGUUCCAGGAGGCUAUGGCAGCUACGCAGGAAAAUGAUGGGUCUGCAGAGUAGGCCCGGACAGCUGGAUUGGCGAUUGUGUGAAUACCCAAAGACGCUGCCGAGGAAGUGCCAAUGGUGUGCAUAGCAAGGCGUUUAUGCGGUCAAUGUCCGGAUCCCUUGAAAGCAAUGUCGAUGAAGGAUGAACAUUACUGAGGAUCGCUGAUCAAUGAGACCGUGCUGUAUUGAUU